CAUUUGGGCAUCAGGCCGCCGCUGCUCGGCCUCUUCUCUGCGCACAUCUGGAUCCCCCACAUCUGCAGGGCAGAGGUCUCUCCAGAGCUUCCUGCUGCGCUCCACUGGUUCCCCAGCUGAUUUCAGGACAACAGGACCCGAACCUGACCCUUUAUGGAAACUAUUACACCUGCGUCGCGCGCAAUAAGGCGCGAGGCGGCGAUCAGCGCGCGCGGCGCCGCGGAGGGAAAGAUGCUGAUCGGGGAUCAGCCGCGCUCCUCUGUGCGCAGCUCUGCUGGCUGGGACUCUCCUCCUCGGGCCACGUGUGAGGGCUGCACGCGCAUCAUCUCGGACCGCUUCCUGAAGAGGGUCAACGGCGCGUCUUGGCACGAGGAGUGCCUGCAGUGCGCCGCGUGCCAGCAGCCGCUCACCGCCACCUGCUACUUCCGGGACAGCAAGCUGUACUGCAGGAGCGACUACCGGAG